AUGGCAUCCCAUGAUCAGAGCCACAGAGCUGGUGAAACUAAAGGCCGAGUUGAGGAGAAGACCAACCAGACAAUGGGCCAUUUAGGGGAUAAGGCCAUAGAGGGAAAGGACAAGGCCAAUGAGAAAGCCCAAGAAGCAAAGGACAACACCAACUCUGCUAUGGGCUCAUUAGAGGAAAAGGCUAGAGAGGGAAAGGACAAGACCUAUGAGAAAACCCAAGAAGCGAAGGGUAACGCCAACUCUGCUAUGGGCUCAUUAGGGGAAAAGGCCAGAGAAGGCAAGGACAAGACUUAUGAGACGGCCGAGGCUGCCAAAGAGAAGACCUCAAGCGCAGCCCAAUCAGCCAAAGAAAAGGCCUCCCAAGCCACCGAGGCCGCGAAGGAGAAGACCUGGGAGACGGCCCAAGCGGCCGGCGAGAAAGCCGAGGCCGGCAAGGAGAAGACCGGUGGGAUAAUCCAGAAGACUGGGGAGCAAGUGAAGAGCAUGGCCCAAGGUGCACUAGAUGCUUUGAAGCACACUGCUGGCAUUGCCACAGAAGAUGAUAAUGAAAACAAUACUAACUCCCCUCACCACAAAGAGGGGUAUUAAAAGGACUAGAUUGGGGGGUAGUGUUGGGAAUAAGACUUUGUUGCCACUUUGUUUAUGGUUCUGUGAUUUCAGUGUUUAUUUUGUUGUUGGGCAUGUUUUUUAUCA